AUGGAAAUAAUUACUAAGUCCAUCUCUGAUGCGAGAGAAGGGCAAGCUGCUCAGGCUCCAACACUCCGGCGUGAUGCUCCGCUCCCUUCCGUCGCUGCGGCUCUGCACUCCUCUCGUACACGGGCUGCUCCACCAGGUACUCUUCUAUGUAAUGUGGAUGGAGCUUGGGAUGCAGGUUCAAAGAGCUGUGGCACAGGCGGAGUCUUCUCCGGAGAGGGACAUAGCGGUUGCUCUGCUCCCAUUAGCGACUCUCGUCGUCAUGUUUCAUCGGCGCUCAUGGCUGAGGCUUUCGCCAUCCGUUCGGCGGUCAUGUAUACCGCUUCGUUGAAUGUUAAAUCCCUAAUGAUUCUGUCUGAUUUUCAAUUCUUGGUGAAGCUUUUAAAGGAGAGAGGCUCGGUUCCAGCUUUGUUCGGCAUUUUAUUUGACAUUUAUCAUUUCAGCUCUUUGUUUGAUGUUAUUUCCUUUUCAUAUGUACAUCGGUUGAGUAAUGGAAUGGCUGAUUCGGUGGCAAAAUCAGCCUUUUCAUUGCUAAACUCAUCCUCCUCUAAUGGAGUGUAA